CACCACACAGCUAUCACCAUGUCUGCCUUCCAGGCCGUCAACACUGCCUUGACCGUGCCUGAGCCCCCACCAAGCCGUCCAGGCGAAGAGACAACCCCGACCACGCCCCGACCCAACUCCAACUUCUUUGUAGAUACCGAACCGUCCGAACAUGUACGAGCCGACGACCCAGCCGCCAGAACCCCUACCCGGAACAGCUUUGGUCUCGCCGCUCAGCGCCCUCUGCCGUCCUCGCCCUUCACCCCGUCGCGCGAGCUAAGUGAAAAUCCGUCCAGCAGGCAAGGCGUGAAGAGGGAGAGCUCUCACCAUUCUUCGCACUCGGUUGGUUCGCAGGAUGUGGAGAUGGGUGGCGGGGACGAUGAGGGAGUACCCUCCGACGACGAAAGCACCAACGGCGAUGCGAAACAGAGUUCGAAGAAGAAAAAAGGCCAGCGCUUCUUUUGUACUGACUUUCCGCCCUGUGCUUUGAGCUUCACAAGAAGUGAGCACCUGGCUCGUCAUAUCCGUAAACACACUGGCGAGCGGCCCUUUCAGUGCCACUGCGCACGGAGAUUCUCGCGACUUGACAAUUUGAGACAGCAUGCACAAACGGUUCAUGUCAACGAAGACAUCCCUGGACACUCACUAGCCGCUCAGGGCACCCGUUAUCAAAGGCAGAUCAGGACAGAUCGCGUGCGACCGCCAGGCAAUCGGUCGAGGUCAAACACCCUGGGCAGCACAGCAGGAGGCCACAGCAGGGGUCCCAGUAAAGGCCAUAGUAGGAACCUUUCGGCUUCCAGCAUCACCUCUACCGCGUCAAGUAUAAAUCUUACUCAGUCGCCUGAUAUACGACGACGCCCACCCCCGUUAGCCAUGGCUAACGAGGGUGCCGCCCGAACCCGAUUAUCCCUCAACAUAGCAGACAGCCACAAUCCUCCAUUGAUGGGGAGUCCGGGACCAGCCGUGAUCGAUUACAACACUCAGUCCAACGGAGCAAGCACGCCUACGUCAGCGACCUAUUCUGGCGCGACUGGCAGCCCUAGUCGUUUUGGCUCCGCGCUACAAUCCCCAAUUUCAACUUCAUCCCGCCCCGUCUCUUGGAGUGGUGCCGCCCCUAGCGGGCGACGUUUGUCGGUUCCUGCCAGCAACAACCCAUUCUCGGGUCCACCAGGACAAUUUGUCCCCUCUUUCAUGAGUCCCCUGCCCUCCUCCACGUCUUCGACCUUUUCUGGUCAAAGCAGUAUGUAUGCUAGCCCUACUGCGUCGAACUUCCCAGAGUCCAGAAGAGAGUCAAAUGCCGAAGCCGACUGGAGAAGGCGUACCUGGCAUCCUGGAACGUACGCAGGCCCGCGCCCAGCUACCAGUGGGCUUGGCUAUUAUCAGAAUCUGGAUGCCCCAGGACCGUCUUUCACGUCACAGCCUGCAGCGUCUCAAACUACCAGACUCCCUGGUAUCGAGAGCUUCGACCAUGCACCUCCCAUGCCGUCCCUACCUCGCCGCCAACCGAGUCCUAUGCAGAUCGACACCGCCGCCCGGCCCGUUACGUAUCAUGCACCAACGGAUGUUACACCUCGCCCACGACACGAAAAACGUACGAGUAUAUCCUGGGACUUGACUUUGCAGAAUGGAAUCAACAGCCUUGAGAUUGCGAGUCCGCAUACCCCAAGAGAGCAGUGGUCGAAUUACCGACACAGCACUGGACAGACAAGCAGUACGAGACCAACAACGGCACCUCACCAAGGGUAUAUACCUGAAGGGCAGACCAGCGGACCACCACCGCCCAUUCAAGUGGUCUCGUCCGAUCAGGCGCGAGGCUCACAAGAAUCACCCGUGACACCGAAGAGAAACAAACGGCAAGCCUGGUACAACGGUCCACUGGCAUAUACACCCCAAGUUCAACAUCAGUUACCACAAGUUCAAACCCACACUGCUACUGCUCGCUUCGUUCAACGCACCUCACCCGAGGAUUCGAGCAGCAGUGAGGGAGUUCCAACUCCUUCAAACACAUCCAUGACUGAGUACCAUCCAGCUAUUGUUCACAGCAAUGGAUUUGUAGAAUCGCAUCCUCCUGGCCCAUCAGGACCUCCUAUGGAGGUGCAGAAGCCGGUACCUCAGGGAUCCAUUAUGGAUAGACCGCAUCCGAUCCAUCAUGGCUAUCACUCGCAACAUGCAAGUCAGCAAUUUAACAGUUCGGCGUAUAGGCCCCAACGAGAGCCAGAAAGAGCAUCAAUGACUUUCGGACAGCCACUACCCCCGCCGCCUGCAAACGAUAUGAGACGACUUGAGGCACUUGUCGCUGUGGCUACUGAAACACGACAGGCAAUUGGCGACCAAACAUAG